GAUAACAAUUAAAACAAAAUCUAAUGCGUUGAAUGAGACAUACAUUUUAGGCGUUGGUUUCAGUUAUAAUCGACAGCAAAAGUAAAGUAAUACAAAUAAAUUAUUUCAUUACAUUACUGUUUGUAUGAAAUUAAUUGUUUUAAUUGUGAUUUUUAACAAUAAUUUGUUUAUAAUUUUGUAACAUUAAGUUCAAGCCAAUACCGGUAACUAUUUUUCAAUAUGACUUAUUACGGACGCGUCGGCAACUUUGCUGCCGUCGGCUGGUGUUCGGCCGGAGUCGGACUGUUAGGCUUAAUAUUUAUGAUCGCGGGUGCGGUUAUAACGGGAAUUGCUUACACAGAGAUCACUCCACCUAAUUAUGAUGAAAAUUACAACCGAUAUUUGGGCGCAAGUGUUCCGCGUUUAGUGGGUCCAUUUUUGUUAUGUUUUGGUGCAAUCCUAUUGUUCGGCAGCUGUGCCUUCUUUGGUUUGGCCUUUUAUAACGCCAAUCGCGACUUUGACUCCAAUGGCAGCCGAAGCUAUGAGUAUACCGCCGCCCGAACCACUGGUGUUGAUACCAGCAAAGCUUAAUAUCUAUAUUAUAUUAAAUCAAACAUUUUUAUUGUACAGCAUUUAUUUCAAACAAAACUUAAACUUUUACA